UAAUGUCCGCGGCUACGGUAGUUUCAGGAUCUGUUGCUGGUGGUGGGAACCGGUCAAUACCAGCACGAGUAGUAGUCAGUGAGCAAGAGCGUCAUAAUGCAGAGGAUCUCGCCUUCGACCUAAGGCAGAUGGUCCGAAACGGUCAUAUUAACGAACCACAGUGCAAGGACCUCAAAGAGCAGUGUGAGCUUGAGUUUAGUCGUUGGGAGUCGUUGGCGCAGCAGGCAGCUAACAGGGAGGACUUUGAAGAGUUCGAGCGGCUCACAGAGAUUGCCCACAAACUGGGGGAUGCCCUAAGGGUCUAUGAUGAUGCCAGCAGAGGCGACGCUGGUGACGAUAGCACUCGACUAGACAGAGGCCUCAGUCUUGGUGGCCAGUCUGCAGUAGCCCCUCUAGCUGCCUCUCCAGGUACAUUCCGAGAUACGAAUCGAAACGACGCCCCGCUGACCUCACCGGUGGCCGAUGCUGACCAACCGCCUCCUCCGUCGGGCAAUGCUGAGAAGAAGUCUCGAAAGAAGAAGAAGAAGCAUCAGCGAAAGCAGAGCGUCGAAUCAUUCGAGGACUUUGGUGGUUCAGCCCGUGGGGGCCCUCAGCAGCCCGAACCGACCUUCCCAACAUUUGAAGGGGCUGAUGCUUGGGGGACUGUGUUCCCCGACCCAGCUCCGGUAGUGGCACCUUCUCCUGUCAACGACCCGAAUGCUGCUGUGCUACCGGGCAGCGGAGUGGGGGUAGGGCCUUUGCCUGAGCCUGAGCCGGCCAAGGAUGAGGCUGCGGAGAAGGUAAAGGCUUUGGAGGAGGAGAACAAUGAUCUGCAUGAACAAGUGGAGACUCUAAGCAGGCAGCUCACUGUGGCCCAAAGUGGGAUGGCGAUGCUACAGGAACAGUUAACUGCAGCUCAGAAGACCAUCACACAGCAGGAGCAUGAGCAUGCUCAAUUAGUCGACAGACUAGGCAAGAGUGUUCAAAUAAUCACCAAGCUGAGGCCUAUGCAGGGCAAGGCUGAGGUGCUGGAAGAGAGGCUGAAGGCGGCUAAUGAGGAGAGUAGUAGCCAGCAAGCACAGUUGACUCAGAAGGAUAAGGUUAUUAAGACCUUGGAGGCCCAGUUAGAGUCUAAGAGUAAACUGUUGACGGAGACGAGGCAGAAGCUAUUUAGUGAGAGAGACAGGGUGUUGGCUAUGAACCAGGAGAUUGCUAGUCUAAGGGUGGCGAAUGAUGAGGUGCAGCAAGAGGCUGAUCAGCUAGCAGCUAGGGCUGGUGUUCGAGAGAAGCAACUACAGCGUAUGCGGUAUAUAGUGGAUGCCUCAGGCCUGGUGGAGGAGGACUCUAGUGGAGCUCCACCAACGACUGGUAUACUAUCUCAAAUAGGGAAUACUGCGCCUGAUCUGCGGACUAGUAGUGGGAUGAUGACGAUGCGGGGUAUGCCGUACAGUCAGGCCUCGUUGAGUCAGAGGCAACAUAUGUUGGCUGGCACUAUGAAUAGCAUACCUGAUACCACUCCAAAUGGAACUUUGGACUAUGCCACUCCUAGCAGAGACUCCCUUACGCGGAUACAGUCUCAGGCUACAGUGGCUGAUAUGAAGGACCCAUUGUUCUUCCGACAGACCAACGAUAUUGAUUGGGGAAGAACGGAAGUCCACGCCUUAGCUCAGCCUAUCAGCGAUCAGUACCGACUUAUGCUCCAAUGUGGAAGUGGGGAGUAUUCAGGAUGCGUUUUUGAAGAUAAUGCUGUUAGUUUGAGAAUGCACUGCUCUGUGCAAGGCCUUGGUAUUGAUCUCAAGUUCGAGCUAUUUAAUAAGGGGGCCUCGCCAUUGGUACAAGCGAAUCUGAUAGCUGAGCCUAGGAAGGUUUCGGCCCUUGACUUCGCCAUAGAACCUGUCCCUAGUCGGAGCCCAGUGGUGAUGGGUGGAUCGAAACGUGAGUUCACCGGCCGACUAUUGGUUAGGUCGCCAUAUGAGUUCCCUCCUGUUAUGUGCAUCAACUACGUACUGUCUGAUGGUAGUCCUAUCAACAACUACAUCCGCAUCCCUCUGCCCAUUGUGAAGGUGGCUAGACCAGCAAGUCCCAGUUCAACAGUAUUUUUCGAGCAUUGGCGUAGCGAGAAGUUCAGUCUUUGCGAAGUUACCUCGAGAAUUAGUCUCAGGAAUGAGUUCACUCAAGCGGGUGGACUGGCGACACUGGCCAACGCGCUCGAAUUCGGUGGCAAUAUGGCGCGCUUGGCCGGCCUUGACUCAACAGCAAGGUCUGUUGUAGUUGUGGGAGUGAUACCAUUUGAGACGCCUGUAGAGGUAAUGAUCCGAGUGGAACUAAGUGCACGGCAUCCUGGGGAGGCUAGGGUGGAGGUUAGGACACCUAAUAUGAUACUAAGUAGAGCAGUCCGCAAUGCUAUUGGUGAGGUCCUAUCUACUUGGACAGCGUGAAGGGUUGAUAGUAGUAGUAUUGGAAUUGGGUCUUUAAAAGGAGUGAGAGACAAGGUGUUAAAUUGUUGUUGUAUUAUCAUAUUUAUCAUAAGCAUCCUACGGCGAUAAUGGGAAUGUAAGCAUAUGCGAAGUUGACUACUUCUACUACUACCAUCAUCCCCACUGAUAGG